CCACUACGCAUUCUGAUUAAUUUAGGCAGGUAGGAAGGGGGCAGAAGUUGGGGCCUAAUACAAGCUUUAACAUAAACUUAUGUUGAAUAAAGGCACUAUCAAAAAGAAACUAAUGAAGUGCUAAACUUACUGCUUUCUCUAUAAUGAUAACACGGACAAUGAAGAGUUGCCUUUAGCAUGUUUUUAAAAUAGCUGUUACUGUUAAUGUUUUGUAUAAAGUUAAGAUGAGUAGCCUACUUAGUCACUAAUUACUUUAACCACUACAUGCAUCAAAAACUUGAGUAUUUUUUAUAGAAUUUCAAACAUUUAAACUAUAACCAAUAAAUAUUUUAUUUAUGUGAAAUUAACAGUAUAUUUUUUCCCAUUAUUUGCUCAUUGCAAUUGUAUAAAUAAGAGUCAGUGACUUAGGCACAAUCACAGUAGUCAAAGUUAGUCACAAAAAAUAUUAACAAUUUGCCUAUUACUAGAAAUACAGACAAUAAAUAAAGCACAUGCUUCAAGAAAAUCAGGAACGUCAUGUUAAUGGACAGAAAAGAAAACACCUGAAUGGAAAAUGAAUCUUUAGAUGUACUUAGAUGACGUGUGGUUCCGUGACACGCCUCGCUUUAGAUCCUUAUCACCUUAUCAGUAUUUUUACUUUGAGUUUAUUACAAUGCCCCUGUGAAAUUAAAGUAUAACUGUUUCCAAAUUACAGACUUUUAAAACCAGAUUCAGAUGCAUUAUUGUUAAUUAAUAAAUACUUGGCACAUGAACACAUACUAUAGUACAUUAUAAUAAUGACUAAACUUUAAUGAAUAGUGUAAAUAUUGUUGUUUCAUAUUUAUUGGACAAAGGUUUAAAAACACCACAGUAUAGGCUAGAAAUUGUACUAUAUACUUUACUAAAAUGAUACUACAGAUUAUGUUAUGUGGGUUGGAACAAAGGUGACAUGAGAUAUUUAUUGUUUGUAAGGAUUGACAUCAGUGGAAUGGAAACUGAAAGUUACAGUGCUGUAAUUCAUGCCUCCCUCCUCUGAGGUUAUUUGCUUUGCAUUUUCAUUUGCAAGACUUGGCUACUGUUCAGCAGAAGAUCAACUAAUCUGUUUAUCAUGGAACUGGGAAUAGUACAGAUGAAUGGAAAUGUGACACUUCUGAAUGCGGACAACAAUUCCACAGUUGGUCAAAUGAAGCAGCUCAUUUCGCAAAACUUAAAUGUUAACCCUCCUCAACUAAAGCUGUCUGCUAGUAAUGGUGAUCAAAGACACAACCUUGAUGAUGAUUCCAAAACCCUCAGCAGUUACAACCUGCACUCAGGGUCCACCGUGAUGGUCCUCAUUAAGAAACCUAUACAGGUGUUUGUCAAGAAUGAGAACGACAUAACGCAUACUUAUGAUGUUGAUGCUGAGGAGAAAGUUGAUGAUCUCCAGAAGAAGAUCUUCAACAAAGAUGGGACCCCAGAAAAUCAACAGAGGCUCAUUUGCGAUGGUAAACAACUGGAGCCUGGCAAGAUGCUGCAAGACUACAACAUCACAUCUGGAAGCACCAUUUACAAAACUCUUCGUCUCCGAGGAGGUGAUCAAGAAAAUAAUAAGGCACUGAUGUAACUUUAAUGCAGCUACAAUAUAUAUAUAUAUAUAUAUAUAUAUAUAUAUGCAGCAGAAUAUAAAAAAAAAUUAUUUUAUGUGUAUCCAAGUAAGUUAUUUAUCAAAUAUUUAAUAUAUGGAGUAAACUGAUCUAUUUUCCUCCUGCAUUUUCUGUGCUUCUACUUUAACUGCGUAUUUAUAUGUUAUUAUCCAUCAUAAAUAA